GUCCGUUCGCUGUCAUAGCCACCCACAACUAUGGAAUUUUGAAACACUUUCAAGUGUCUGGACCACGAGUACAAUACUUGGUAAGUCGCUACCACUAAAUAAAAGUGACUUCUCACCACAUUAAGACAAUGAAGACGACAACUCAUGAGGGGAAAUUGCUAUGUCUGUACGAAGUUACUAACGGCAUAACCUCAGAAAGUGAAACAAUUACAAUAGCCAAGAAUAUCGGACUUCCACAAGGAGUAAUAGAAAGAGCACUGGAACUGAGGAAUUCCCCAGCUGUAAUGAAUCUCAAAUUUGUGGAAGCCAGAAUUAAAAAAGUGAAAAAAGCGAUGAAGAUACUGCGAAUAAAUAUUGCCAAUAAAAGUACCACGCCACUGGGAAAUAUGCAAAAUUUAUUUUGCCGUCAUCGUCGUCGUCAAAGGCUGAGACUGAAGAAUGAUGGUCGGUCAUCUCACUAA